AUGGUGCUGGAAAAACUGCCAAGGGUGUGUACUUGAUCUGACCUUAAUUUGAUUCAAAACAGACUAUUUCCAGAUAUUAAUUUUUUUAACCUAGACUUUUGCUAAUACUUGAUCAUCACAAUUUUAGUGGCUGGAAAAAUAUACAACUCAAGUUGGAUCCUUGCCAGUUUUUAACACUGUCACUCCGAAUCAUGUCCUUGUGAAUGAGUAUGAACCUGGUCAAGGAAUUAUGGUAAGAUUUUAAAUGAUAUUUUUAGCCACCAUUUAAAUCACUGACUUAAAAUUUAGAAUCAACUUGUGGGGUAGUUUAGAUUAAUUAUCCAAUCUUGUUCCCAGUUUUUCUCCUCUUACAGAUCAGGAAGAGAGAACCUGGGAACAAGGUUGAUAAAUCAUUAAUUAAUACUAUUAGCCCUCAAUGUUUUGUCAAAUGUAUAAUUGCACAUUUAAUGAUGCCUGAGAUUUUUUUAGAAGUUACUAUAGAAACUUGUGUGUAAGCCACACUUGUGUAUAAGCUGCACCCCCAACUUUCAAGCAUGAUUUUGGCAAAAAAGAAACUCCAAAAAAGCACUCUUGUAAAAAAAAGGGUUGGUUGUUUAUUCACAGAUGUUCACAAUAAACUCAACUAAAUCUAAUGUUGUGUAUUUGCAGUGACAUUGAUAAGUUAAUCAACUCUGAAAAUACCUUUUAAAAGCUUUUCUUUAAUUGAUUUCCCUGUGACUGACAACAGUUGUCUUCAUUGCUUGAGCUCACAGCUAAAAUGAAAACGAUGGAAUUUGAACAAAAAUAAAGCACAGGAGAAUGAUGGAAAAUGUUUGUUUGGUAACCAUGUGGGAAGUCUGGAUACUAGAGACAAAUAAUGGUCUCAUGUAUAAGCCGCACCUGCAAUUUUUGGCCCAAAACUUAAGCAAAAAGCUGUGGCUUGUACACAAGUCUUUAUGGUAGUUUGUUGCUAACAUAUUAUUGCAACAUUUGCUAAAUGAUUAUUUAUUCAAUUGCAGCAGAUCUGUGUAUAAACUAAGGUACACACUGAAAAGAGAAAUAUCACCGACUCUAAUAAAAAAAAAAACAACUUAGCCACAAAAAUCAGAUAUCUAUUAACCUAACCAACUUAACAGGGUGUGAAAUUAAUUUUUUUUUUCUGGUAGCCACUGGGCUCCUAAAUUUUUCAAAGUGGUAGCCAAUUCAUAAAAAGUUGGUCACCAUUUUUAAAGACAAAUAAAACCUUUUUUAAUGCUGUUAGCGUUCUAGAUAGACCCUCCAAAAUUAAGUUAGGAAAAAGAUCUUUAACGAGCUACAAAUUGGACACUAGGAUGUCCAAUUUAAUUCACUUUAUCUCUAAGUAAGGUUAUGAUGAAGCAUUCUAGUCGCCAAUUUGGCGACUAAUUUUCAGGAUUUGGUCGCCAAAGUGAAAAAUUUAGUUGCAUUGGCGCCUGUAUUGGGUGCAAUUUCACACCCUGAACUAACAGAAUGAUUCCACCCAACUGAAAGCCAAUACAAUGGAUGCCACACUAAUCAAUUAGAACCAACUAGAUUUACAACAUUCACUGGAUAAACAGCUUUCCACAAUAAUGUCUUCAGCUCUUGUGGUCAAAAUUUCAGUCACUUUGACACUCCUGAACAGCAGUGUCAUUAAUAUUGGGCAUUUACAUCAAACAAUAACAGUUAUUUCCAAGUUUAAAGAUCCAUUCAUUUUACGAGCACUGAGAGCUCCCCUGACAUGGAGGAUUGAGCUGCAUGUGCCUAAUUUGAUUUUUGUAUACAACCACUCUUGAAGACAGUGGAGGUGUUUUGUCAAAAGCCCAUGCAGUUUUAUAUCUUCUGACUGUUUUCCUGUCUUUCAGCCUCACGAAGAUGGUCCGUUGUUCUAUCCAGUGGUCUCAACAAUAAAUCUUGGAUCCCACACCUUUUUGGAUUUUUACCAUCCUUUGAAAAAGGCUUCAGAGAAAACAGAGGUUAGGGCUAGCUUUAGAUAAUCAUUCCAUGGGGUUAAAAGUAAAUAUAGGGAAAUGAGAACAAUUAAAUCAGAUAGCCAUUAAGUUUUUGGGGUGGUGGUGUUAUAGCAGGUACCAUGGGUCUCCUGUGUAGCAGUUACCAUCUCUGAUGGGUACCUUGUGUAGGGGAGGUGGGGUUAUAGCAGAUACCUUGUGUUGCGAGGAAGGAGAGGGGUGUUAUGAUGGGAUGCCAUGGGCUCAAAUUCCGAAAGUGAGUCCUUAGCAUGCUCAAUACUUUUGACCAUUUCCCUUAAUGUAUGUUAAUUGCGUUAAAAGAAAUUUUUUUUUUUUUUUUUACUUUCAGGAAAAUGCUUCAUCAUCAAUGCUGAAUGAACGCUACUUUAUGUCACUUUUAUUGGAGCCCAGAAGCUUAUUCCUACUGACAGGAGACCUCUAUCACAAUUACUUACAUGGCAUUGCAGAGAGAACUUAUGAUGUUGUCACAGAUAAGGUGGCUAACCUGGAUGCUUGUAAUAAUGCUACACUUGGAGACAUUUUACAACGAAAUACAAGAAUUUCACUCACCAUAAGAAACGUGCCAAAGAUUCUUAAAUUCAAGAUUAAUCUGGGGAGAUGACAAAAACAAUUUAUGAGUGACUGUUAUUAGAUUCCACAGUUCCUUAUGACUGCUUGUGUAUACAUCUCCAAGUGGAUUACUCCUUGUUGGGGUUUUUUCAACUCCCUGUUCAGCUGAUUUUCAAAGAGACAAUAAGCAACUAUUGAUAUAAGAAUAAUGGGAAAUCUGUAAAAAUUUAAAAAAUUUACUUGAAAAAAAAAAAAAUGAAUACAAAGAUAAUCAGGACUGCAAAGACAAAAAGUCAGUAAAUUUAACCCUUUAACUCCUAAGAUCUGAUUGUUGAUUCUCCCUUCUAGCUGCCACAAGUUUCCUUGUAAAUUAGUUAUGAGAAAUGGUGUUAGAUCAGGAUAGCAACUUCUACCUGAUAAGUUUGAGUACUCUCAUUACCUGUUUGCUGGAUAAUGUAUGAAUAUUAUAGGGAGAAGUUUUAUGUUAAUCACUUCUGGAAGUUAAAGGGUCAAGUUUAUUUUUCAACUCCAUUCUAGCUAUGUGAUUUGUCAGCCUUUUUCUUUAUGUUUACCAAUCUUCAUACUGUAAACUAAGUUUAAUUUUUAUCUGCAUGCCAAAGUUACUACACUAUAAACUCUUUUAAAGAAAAUUCUAAUUUUACUUGGAGAAAGUAACGUAUAGUGCAUAAUUCUAUUUUGUAUGGAGGACAACUUGUGUCUU